GCAGUCUUUGCUGAAACUAUUUUUUUCAGCGUCCUCCUCUUUGACCGAUUUACCGCAUUGUUCCCCCUUUUCCCUCUUCCUUCCUCGCUUUGGGACUGCCGAGCCGACGUACUUGACUCAAGCAGCACCCUUGACCCUCUCUUCAACGGACAGGCUUCGACGUGCUCUUUCUCUCGCUGUGUGACCUUUGUGGCUUUUUUUGCUUUCCGCCCCACACGCUCCUCCCUCUUCCUCCCUCCUGCCCUGUUCAACCUUCUUCAUACACACAAGCACACACCAAACAGCUUCCCCCUCCCCCCAAAACAGCCAUGGUCCGACGCGCUUCCCCAUCGUCAUUAGCGCCGCAGCCACGAGCGGCAACAACGUCGUCGUCCAUGCUCUCGUUGGCAACGCUGGUUGCGACCCUCGUUGCCGCACUCUUGGUUGUGGCUGCCGUCGUGCCCAGUCCAGCUGCUGCAGACGACCCAGCACUCGAGAACUUUCUCACCGAGCUCAUCGUCGACGCCAUCAAUCACACCAACAUCACAAGCGUUGCUGUCAACAUGACCAAUCUUGUCCUCGACGAGCCUGGAAUUGUCAUUGACGCCGACUUGGACGCCGUCGGCAUCUACAUUGAUAUCGAUUCGCAAAUCCUCCGCUUCCCCAUCGAAGGCGCCUCAAACUACUCGUUCUUUACGUGCGACUUGAACGGCGAGGUGCUGACCAUCGACCCCGUGCUCACUUCACCGCUCAUGUCGCUGAACGCGCACAUUCUGCGAGAAUCGAACGUUUCGUUUGAUGUGGCGCUCAACUCGCACACCACCAGCAUCGACGUCGUGAUGGACCUUGACAAGCUGGCCAUUUCGGGCGCCAUGCACACCAAGGUCAUGGCGUUGACGGUCGGAGUCGACAUGCAGACCACGAGCUUGGCGCUCACCAUCCAAUCCUUUUCCUUCAUUGACCCGGCCUCGUGGAUUGUCUUUUUGCUCGUUUGGUGUGCCCAAUGGGGCAUGAUGUUCUUCCACGGCUAUCAGCGGUAUCGUGCUCACCGGAUGGCAAGCGUGCUGGCCAACGUGCCUUGCCACGAAAUGUCGUUGCGCAUGAGCCAUUGCACCUCAUGCAAUGCGGUCAGCCCCCCUGCCGCCAAAUUCUGUGGCGGAUGCGGUCGAGCUGUUUCCGGCUCAGUAUGAGGCACGAGACGAGACUUUUUUUUCUUAUUGGUUUCGAUCAAAUUUUGAACAAAUUUCUUCAUGGUUGAUUUUCUCCUUCCCCCCCCCCUUCUCAGUUGAUCCGUUUGUGGUUGUGAAUUAUUGUAUUAUACAUGCACCUUCGUGGUGCCCCUUUUCCUUCUGAUUC